UUUCAUUUCCUCCCCGCAAAUAAAUUCCCUCUUUCUUCUAACAUUUCCUAAAGUAGACUAAAAAAUCUAUAUAUAUCGGAAUUUCUCUUGAUUACCCCCAAAAAAUCUGUUUCUCCUCCUUCACGAUCCACGCUAGCCCCUCCGUCACCACUGUCCAUCAUCAUCAUCGUCAUCAUCACAACCAAACCUCUCAAUCCAGGAACAAAAAAGAUGGGGGCUUUCAUAUCGAAGUUUUGGUUCAUGUUAUUUCCCGCAAAAGAAUAUAAGAUUGUGGUGGUGGGGUUGGAUAAUGCUGGCAAAACGACGACGCUUUACAAGCUUCACCUUGGCGAUGUUGUUACUACCCAUCCUACUGUUGGUAGCAAUGUUGAAGAGCUUGUUUAUAAAAACAUCCGCUUCGAGGUCUGGGAUCUUGGAGGGCAAGAAAGAUUAAGAAACUCAUGGGCAACAUACUACCGUGGAACUCAUGCUGUUAUUGCGGUGAUAGACAGCACUGACAGGGCCAGGAUCACCAUUAUGAAGGAUGAGCUCUUCAGGUUACUUGGACAUGAGGACCUACAACAUUCUGUUAUACUUGUCUUUGCAAAUAAACAAGACCUAAGGGAUGCAAUGACCCCGGCUGAGAUCACUGAUGCCCUUUCGCUUCAUAGCAUAAAAAAUCAUGAUUGGCACAUCCAAUCCUGUUGUGCACUUACUGGAGACGGCUUGUACGAUGGUCUAGGGUGGAUCGCCCAGCAUGUUACCGGGAAAGCACCGAGUUGAAGAUGGGAUGAUCAAUCAAAGAGUUCAUUUUUCAUACAUUAUGGAUUCAGAUGACUGAAACAGUGUCAACUUUGGUGUACCAUCUGAUGUAUGAGCUGUUCUUGUUAAAAUUUGUAGAUUGUUUUCGCAUUUCAAUUUGCCUUAAGAAACUGACAUUUUCUGCACAAUCACUAUAAAUAGGAUUAAAAAAAAUUGCUGUGAAAUUUUCAUUUUGUGCACAAUGAAAUAUUUCAUAAACAUCUGAGAUGACUCUGUUGCUCAAACAUUUGUAACUCUGGAAGUUGAAGUCUCUCCAAAAAAAAUUGUCACAGUAUCCAACAUUUGAAACCUUGAGGAACCAUCGAUCCCAAAAGGGAUUUAGUGGGCCAUUUGUUCUGUCAACAAUGAUGAAGAUAAUUUUCGGGAAGAAUUACUGCAAAAAUGAAAUGAAAGAAGGGAUGUUGAAGAGAUGUAUGUUUUACAUAAGUAGUGGAUCAGGUCUACUUUCCACAUUACUCGGU